GUCACAAAGUUUAUUGACAGGUCAUUGGAGAGGUCAGGAAAAGAAGGGUUUAAACACAGUUUAACAUUUUCACGAAUGUAGAAACACUAUUUAUGUUCUGGGUUGGUUCCAGAGAAAAUUGUAGUGAUUAUUUGUACAUAUUUGUGAAUUGUUUUUUACCAAAAGUUGAAAUGGCUGGUACGAACGACCGUCAUCUCUAUCCUAACAAUGACACUAGCAGUGAUACUGAAGACUACACAGAUGAUAGGAGAAGAAGAGUCUUCAAAAAUAGAUUAAGUUAUGGAUCACUGUCGAAGCCGAAAUCGUGCCUUGUUCAACGUUCCAUGUCCCUCUCGGAAUCUCGAUGCCAUUCCUUAGCUACGCCUAAGCAAUCCCAUUCUCGCACUAGACAAGAAAAAUACGGAAAACAUCACCCAGAGUACUCUGAUCUGCUUCUUUUCAGAUCCAGAGCAGUUCUACAGCCAGCCAACAACUCGAAAAAUCAAUGUUCACCUCAACAGAAUACCAUCGGAAUAACUAACGCAGAAGAUAGGGUAACUCUUGUUGUAGAUAAUACUCGAUUCGUAGUGGAUCCGGCGAUAUUUACCGCACAUCCGAAUACCAUGUUAGGAAGAAUGUUCAGUUCCUCUUUGGAAUUCACGCAUACUAACGAGAGGGGUGAAUAUGAAGUUGCCGAUGGAAUACCUGCUUCAGUUUUUAGGGCAAUUUUGGAAUAUUAUAAAGGAGGACUUAUCAAAUGUCCACCUUCUGUAUCUGUACAAGAACUACGUGAGGCUUGUGAUUAUUUGCUUGUGCCGUUCGAUGCGAAUACUGUUCGAUGCCAAAAUUUACGUGGUCUUUUACACGAACUAUCCAACGAAGGUGCUAGAUGUCAAUUUGAAGUAUUCCUAGAAGAAUUGAUUCUACCUCUAAUGGUGAAUUCGGCUCAAAGAGGUGAUAGGGAAUGCCACAUCGUCGUCUUGUUAGAUGACGAUUCUGUUGAUUGGGAUGAAGAAUAUCCACCGCAAAUGGGAGAAGAAUAUAGUCAAACGGUCAACAGUACUGCAAUGUAUAGAUUUUUUAAAUACAUAGAAAAUAGGGAUGUGGCCAAACAAGUUUUGAAGGAUCGAGGAUUGAAAAAAAUACGGUUGGGCAUUGAAGGUUAUCCAACAUAUAAAGAAAAGGUGAAAAAGCGUCCAGGAGGCCGUGCCGAAGUAAUUUACAACUACGUACAACGUCCAUUUAUUCAUAUGUCGUGGGAAAAAGAAGAAGCGAAAAGUCGUCAUGUGGAUUUUCAAUGUGUGAAAUCUAAAAGUGUGACGAAUUUAGCAGAAGCUACAGCAGAUCCUGCAUUAGAACUUGAUUCUCGCGGAAAUCCAAUAGUAUCAUCGAUGAUGGCUGCUAUUCAGCCAAAUCUACCGACAGAUCAGGGCGACGCGCCUUUAAUGCCCGAAAAUGAAGAAGGUGCUGUAGGAGGAUUACCAGAUAUUGAAAAUGUUAAUAAUACGCCACCCGAAGAACCGAAUUUGUAAAGUAUUCGGUAGUGUUAGAAUUUUUACAAAGUGGGAGAGAUUAAUUUCUUUAUAUAUAGAAAGUUGUGGGGUUAUGUUCAACUUGAAACGAUUCGACGUAACUCCAAGGCUUUUGAUAUGUUUUAGUUGCAGUUAUAUUUUAAAUUAUGAGAUUUUUUAUGAACUAUAAUUUAGUAAAAAAUUUAAUUGUGACCGUUUUUAUUCUUGGGUGGAAGUAAUACGAAAUUCACAAGUUUUGCAUCAUCAUUGUAAUCCUGGAAAUUAAUUACAUUCGGAAUAAACGUAGGGACUUUUUUGGUGGUACCAACCAAUAGCAAAAUCUCUAUAUGACUUGAGAAAAAUAGUGUUUGAAUACAGAUAUGAAGAAAACGAGACCCUUCACAGAACAAAAUUGCUUGUCACGCAGCUGUUAGGAAUCUAUAAACCUUUAAGGACACUAAAGCAUGACCAUAUCUUAUUGAAGCUGUGUAGCAUGAGUAACUCAAAACAGAAGGGGUUAAUUAUAAGUACUAGUUUUAUCUUUUGAAAUUAACUGUAUUUAACAUCAGCAGGUAGUGAUCCAAUUACAAGAGCUUGUCAAUGCUUCUGAUGAAAAACGAUGGUAUUUCCUUCUUUCCUUCAACAACUAAUCACAAAUCUAGUAAAAUGCAUAUGCCAACGUCUUCAAGCUGUAAGAGCAUUAUAUCAAUCUUUGAGACGCAAUUCCAUUGAAGCAAUAUUGUGGGUUGAUAUUUGUUGCCUAUUGUAAGCUUUGGCUAUGGGGAAUUGCUUGCAGUAAAAGCCUUAAACACGUAUGUAGUAUGCUUAGGCAACUUCAUUUUGGUACAAUAUGUGAUCACAAAUAAUUUUGACAUCUGUUUGUUAAAUGAUAGCUAAAAUACCUUGUAUAAGAUUGUUAGUGAAGUGAUAGUUUUUAAUCGCUUAUGCUAGAUGAAGAACCAUCUCAUUUUUUGCUUCCUCGACACUUCAUUCAUAACUAUGUUGGGCAUUCGGGAGUUUUCCAUAUGUUGAAUAUUCCAGACCAUUAGAUUUUUGGAGCUUUGAUGAAACUAAGAUUGUCUUGAUUUUGUAGAAUGUUACCUUAUGAGACUACUGGGAUUAUAAGAGUUUUAUAGAUCUGCAUUUUGGCGGUUUAUUUUUCAAUAGACUGAGAUUUGCAAAAUUGGAUCUGAAUCCAGCUUAUAUUUAUUUCUUCAUGAAUGUCGAGCAAUUUGCAUUGUUCUAUAUGUGUAUGGGAAUCUUCCAUGUUUAUCCUGUAUCCUUGCAUACAACUUGACCCGAAACAAUGAAUCCUCACAGUAGGACGUGUCUUUGGUAGUGACAGGUUCAGAUACUCUUUCACUCAUUGCAAUUCCAAAAUAUUUGUGAUGAAAAAUCGUCCCAGGUUCGAAUCCUUUAUUCUUUUUAUUUGAUCACUACAAGUCGCUCCGAUCCAUUGGCUAGUGGAUAGACGACGACAUGUCAAAUCAUAUCAUAUAACAAUUUUUAACUUGUAGCAUGCUGUAAGGAGACAUAUUUUUUGUCACUUAUUGUCUUCUAUGGAAAUACUGUGCAGAAUCGUGUCUUUAUAAUUUAUUAAUAAUUUAUUUGAUUUGCUUCCAAUGAUUUAAUUUUUAAAAUUCGAUGUGAUGCAAAACUUCUGAAUCUAUUUGUAUUAUUCGAUUGUAACAUGGGUAUAAGAAACAUAUUUAAAAUUUUACCUAUCAUAAACAAACAUAUAUCUACUUUUUAUACAUUUUGGUGUUUAUAUGGGCACAAAAUAUUUGUUGAAUAUGUAGAUUAGGGAUUUUUGAAGAACUUUUAACGUCGCUUGACAUGAAGAGAGAAUGAGAUUUCUUAAAGAUGUGCUGAUUAUUGAUUGCGCCAUAUAUUUCAGUUGAAUGUUAAUGAAGUUGAGGGUAAUUAAAAUUAUUAUUCGCACUUCGAUUAAGAACUUAGGAAGUAUUAAUUGUCAGCAAAUAAGAAGUGUGAAACAACUGUUGGACGAAAGCCUUGAAAAAGGCAUCUGUACAUGAGACGCAUGAAAAUAAAUUGUUUUAAGAGGUCAAGAUGUGUGUGUUGCCUACCGUAGACGCAGUAAAAAAGGCUUUCUCGCGAUUUCUUUUCAGGAAUACUACAAAAUAAAUCCAUAUAACAGAAACGUGAUUUUAUUGUACAUAUCUGUGACUGCUCACAAUAAUUUUUUUACUCCUAAUGAGCCAUUGAAUUUUUUGAUUAUCUUUUAUAACUGCUAUAGAACUACGAUGUAUAUUUGAGGUUUUUAUCGAUUUUUGGCUAAAUGGAAUACUUUUAAGUGGAAAAUGAAAAAAUUUCCUAAAAUAUAAAAUAAUCUUAUUGGCUAACUCUAAUAAAGAUUUUCCAAAUAAAUCGCAUGUACAAAAAUUCAAUAUUUGUUGGGUUAUUGAGUUCAAUAAAAGUAGCACCAAACUUUUCUUUUAAUCUUAGACAAAUCAGAUGGAAAACAAUAGAAGUUAUAUAAGACAUUUAGAAAGGAGUGAAACAAGAAUAAAAUAACGGUACUUGCAGUUAAAGGCGAUAAUUAUACUUGUUCUGGUAGACUUUCAAACAUAAUAACGCCAGUGAUUUUUAUCUUAUGUGAUUAAAGGAGAAAGGAAAGAUUAUUACUGGUCAUAGAUCAUGGGUUUAGAGCUGAUUCAGAAACAAAGAGACAGUUCAGAAUUCUGAAUUUAGAAAACCAAACACCACGUUAAAACCGAAAACAAAGAGAUGGUCCACAAUAAUGUAAAGGACGCACUAAGGAAAAUUCCUAAAACUUGCAGAAAGCAGAAACACGACUGGGAUCUUGCCACUGGAAGAACAACAUAGCAGCGAUAUGAAAGUAGAAGAGAUUCUAGAACAGAUCUCAUAUAUUGGGUCUUUCAUUCCGGCGAACUUUCUCCUACUCCAUGUCAAGCGGUCUUAUAUAAAAUAGGACGUGGUUACUUCCUUAUUUAAAACUCACGCCACCAAGUGAUUAAUAAAAUUAAAGCGUUGGUAUUUGUCGCAAUAUCUUAUUUAAAGUUUUUGUAGUGUAUGAAGGCAAGAGUGCCUGAUCAAUGUGAAGAUCUAUAUUUACUUCAAACGUUAGGUGAUCGCUACUUAAUGUGCAGUGGAUACCGUAGUGUGCAGAAGAAACCCUCCAUAGCAAUCAAGACGCCUAAAAACAAAGUACAAGGACAGUGACUUGGCGAUCUGCACACAAACAUUCAAAUUAAUUAUCCAUAUUUAGUCCUAUGUGCUUUUUUACUUUACUUUUAAUCUUGGAAUCAAAUACUCUUUAUUAUAUGAAAAAUUAGAUUUGUGCUAACAAUGAUGGAAAAGCGCACAGAAUUUACAAAUAUCGGCUAUGUCAGUGCAUUGAUGAGAAAAGCGGAACCUUCGAGAUGUUUUUUAAAAUCCAUGAGACUUCGAAUCUACCUUUAAAAAAAAUCGGUAUUUUUGAUACUUUGUUAUGAUUUCUUAAAAUAAGGAAAUAACCAAGCCCCGCCUGUUCCAAGUAAAUAUUUCUUGGAAGGUUUGUUGUCAUUAAUAUAUUACUAUUACCUUAUUGUUGAUUUUGUUACUGAAACUGUUAGAGAAAAGACAGUAAUGGAUCUUCAGGUGUGAUUUCAAGUCAAGAACAGUUACUCACUUUAGCACUUGCUCAAUAAUCGGUAUUUUACUGUAUAUGUGAAAUUGAUGUGAUCAGAAUUGUUGUGUAUUAUUUAGGAGUGUUCCGUAAAUUUCGAACUCCCCGCUUUUUAUUAUGAUAGCCUAGAAUUUUGUACUUGUUUUAUUAUAAAAUGCAAAUAAAUAUAUACAUUCUA